AUGGCUAAUGGGAAAGUGGAUAAAAAAAUUUCAUCUAGCAAAAAAGAAGUUACUUCUUUAGUAGCUAAAAUUAAAGCAAAAGCCUUAGAAAAUCAAAAGAAACUUAAAGAAGAAGAACAUAAAAACAGUGUAGAUUCCACUGACGGUGAAUCAAAUAAAAAGAAACGUACAAAAAAGGAAGAAGAAGAAGGGGACACCAAUGAUGAAGAUGAAACAUUUGAUUCGUUUCAAAAAUUGAAUUUAGUACCAGAAUUAAUCGAGGCCUGUCAAAAUUUGAAUUAUUCUAAACCUACUCCAAUUCAAGCCAAGUCUAUCCCACCUGCUUUAAAAGGCAAAGAUAUUAUUGGCCUUGCUCAAACAGGGUCUGGUAAAACUGCUGCAUUUGCCAUCCCAAUUUUAAACAAUCUAUGGCAUGACCAACAACCUUACUAUGCUUGUAUCUUAGCACCAACAAGAGAAUUGGCCCAACAAAUCAAAGAGACAUUUGAUUCUCUUGGUUCCUUGAUGGGAGUGCGUUCCGUCUGUAUUGUCGGUGGUAUGAAUAUGAUGGAUCAAGCAAGAGAUCUUAUGAGGAAACCACAUAUAAUCAUUGCUACACCAGGUAGAUUAAUGGACCAUUUAGAAAAUACAAAGGGGUUUUCAUUGAGAAAAUUGAAAUAUUUGGUGAUGGAUGAAGCGGAUAGAUUGUUAGAUAUGGAAUUUGGUCCCGUGUUAGACAGAAUUCUCAAAAUUAUACCAACUAAAGGAAGAAUAACAUACUUAUUCUCUGCUACCAUGACUUCUAAGAUUGAUAAACUACAAAGAGCAAGUUUAACUAACCCAGUGAAAUGUGCUGUAUCUAAUAAAUAUCAAACUGUUGACACUUUGAUACAAACAUUGAUGGUUGUACCAAGUGGUAUUAAGGACACAUAUUUAAUAUACUUAUUGAAUGAAUUUAUGGGAAAAUCUAUGAUAGUCUUUACUAGAACAAAGGCCAAUGCCGAGAGAAUAUCUGCAUUAGCUAAUCUGUUAGAAUUCAAUGCCACUGCAUUGCACGGUGAUUUAAAUCAAAACCAAAGAACAGGUGCUCUAGAUUUAUUCAAAGCUGGCAAAAAGACCAUUCUUGUGGCUACUGAUGUUGCAGCAAGAGGGCUAGAUAUUCCAUCGGUUGAUAUAGUUAUCAACUAUGAUAUCCCUGUUGAUUCAAAAUCAUACAUUCAUCGAGUUGGAAGAACUGCCAGAGCAGGUAGAUCUGGUAAGUCUGUUUCUUUAGUAUCGCAAUACGAUCUAGAAUUGAUUUUAAGAAUUGAAGAGGUUUUAGGCAAAAAGUUACCAAAAGAAACAGUGGAUAAAGACAUCAUAUUAGCAUUAAGGGACUCUGUUGAUAAAGCUAAUGGUGAGGUUGUUAAAGAAUUAAGUAGAAGAAGCAAGGAAAAGGCCGCACGUGGUAAAGGUAGAAGAGCUAGAAUGUUGGCUAAGGAUAACAUGGAUAAAGAAGAAAUGUAA